CUGAAUGGGGGAGCAAACUUUGUACGACAUUGGCCAGUACCGGGUAUCUCGUUCCGCGAAAUGAAUAUGCGGUGGGUGUUAUAGGGAAACAUUAGGUUCCUGGAAAGAAAAUGUCACGGAGAGAUGUCGACCCGUUGGCCCUGGAUGACACCACUGAAGACGGGAAGGAUCUGGAGAGUGUCUCGCUCUGGGCCCACGAGGCGCUUGCCCAGAUUACCGUCAAGGUGCUCAGGGGUCACACUGAGGCCGUCACCAGCUGUCAGUUCUGCUUCGACGACACCAAAGUCCUGACCAGCUCCCAAGACACGACGGCCAGACUGUGGGACGCAGAGAGCGGUGCCACACUGCUGGCCUACAAGGGUGGACAUCAGUUAAACGUCUCUGAGUGCGCCUUGGUUCCUGACAAGAAGAGACUGAUCACUGCGUCAUGGGACAAAACCCUUAAGGCCUGGGACAUGGAGACAGGCACGGUCAUUUGGACGGCAGCUCAGGACGGUCUCCUGACGUCAUGCAGCGUCUCGGCGGAUGGGAAGUACGUAGCGUCCUCUUCUGACCCCGAGAACCGUCUCUGCCUCACCUCAGCCGAUACAGGGGAGAGGAUCCUCCAAAUCAAAGGUCAUCACAAGGCCACGAUCAUGCAGUGCUGCUUUGAUCCACAGAGCCAGCAUGUAGCCAGUGUAUCUGCAGACAGAAGCAUAAAGCUGUGGGACAUGGUCUCCAACAAAACUACCCUCUCUAUCAAUAGCACGCACACCAACGUCAUCGCAAACUGCUGUUUCACUCCUAACGGUCGCCAUCUGUGCACGGCAUCAUGGGACAAGUCUCUACGGCUGUGGGACAUCCAGACGGGAACAUACCGUUCCCACGGAGGUCUGGUCCUCGGCAAAGGUCACGACGGUUCCAUCAGCUCUUGCGCCUUCUCCAGCGACGCGUCCCUCCUUGUGUCGGGGGCCUAUGACAGGACCGUGGCUGUGUGGGACAUGAACGCCGUCUGCAGGACUCUGGUGUUGAAGGGACACAGAGAUUGGGUGACAGAUGUCUCAAUCAGUGCUGACAGGAACUGUGUUGCUUCUGCUUCCAAGGACACGACUGUAAGGCUGUGGAAUAUUGAACAUGCUGAGGCGAUACCUGCAGUUAUUGAGGCUAGGAAGACUCAGGGAAUGGGUUAUCAUAUCCUCAAGUGUGAGGAAUGUGGAAAAGCUUUCUCCAUUUCUCGACUGGAGAAUUCAGAUCUGGUCACAAAGUGUGUUUUCUGCCGGCUGAAGACACCAACCAGAUACCACCUUCAACCUCUGCAGUUCAUUAACUGAAUGUAGGCUAUGUAAUGUCUUAUUUUGUCAUCGUUGUUGGAGAUUGUAUUUAAAUCAAGAGUUUUAAGAUGUCAAAGCAGACAAGGCCCUUUCUUAAUUUGACUGCUUUCAUCCUGUCUGAAUUGAUGAGUUGUGCUACCACAUUGUGUCUGGGAAGCAGUUAAAUUCCCCCCUCAGAAUGGCAGUUUAUAUUCUCCCUCAGAAUGGCAGUUAAAUUCGUCAGUGUCUUUUACUGUAUCGUAUUAAAGCUCUACUUCAUUCAC